GGCCGGGACCUGGCCGGAGCGGCGGCGCCUGGAUGCGGACCCGGCCGCGCGCAGACGGGCGCCCGCCCCGAAGCCGCUUCCAGUGCCCGACGCGCCCCGCUCGACCCCGAAGAUGAAGAGGGCGUCCUCCGGAGGAAGCCGGCUGCUGGCAUGGGUGUUAUGGCUACAGGCCUGGCGGGUAGCAGCACCAUGUCCUGGUGCUUGUGUGUGCUACAGUGAGCCCAAGGUGACAACAAGCUGCCCCCAACAAGGCCUUCAGGCUGUGCCCACUGGCAUCCCAGCCUCCAGCCAGCGAAUCUUCCUGCAUGGCAACCGCAUCUCUCAUGUGCCAGCUGCCAGCUUCCACUCAUGCCGAAAUCUUACUAUCCUGUGGCUGCACUCUAAUGCACUGGCCCGGAUUGAUGCCACUGCGUUCACUGGCCUGACCCUCCUGGAGCAACUAGACCUCAGUGACAAUGCACAGCUUCGCGUCGUGGACCCCACCACCUUCCGUGGCCUGGGCCACCUGCACACGCUGCACCUAGAUCGAUGCGGCCUGCAGGAGCUGGGUCCCGGCCUGUUCCGUGGACUGGUGGCUCUGCAGUACCUCUACCUACAAGAUAACAAUCUGCAGGCGCUGCCCGACAAUGCCUUUCGUGACCUGGGCAACCUCACACACCUCUUUCUGCAUGGCAACCGUAUCCCCAGCGUGCCUGAGCACGCUUUCCGUGGCCUGCACAGUCUUGACCGCCUCCUCUUACACCAGAACCACGUGACUCGUGUGCAUCCACAUGCCUUCCAGGACCUUGGCCGGCUCAUGACCCUCUACCUGUUUGCCAACAACCUCUCCAUGCUACCCGCAGAGGUCCUAGCACCCCUGAGGUCUCUGCAGUACCUGCGACUCAAUGACAACCCCUGGGUGUGUGACUGCCGGGCACGUCCACUCUGGGCCUGGCUGCAGAAGUUCCGAGGUUCCUCGUCAGAGGUGCCCUGCAGCCUGCCCCCACGCCUGGCUGGCCGUGAUCUUAAGCGCCUGGCUGCCAGUGACCUAGAGGGCUGUGUCGUGGCUCCAGGGCCCUUCCACCCCAUCCAGACGACUCAGCUCACUGACGAGGAGCUACUGAGUCUCCCCAAAUGCUGCCAGCCGGACGCUGUAGACAAAGCCUCAGUGCUGGAACCCGGACGGCCAGCUUCUGCUGGUAAUGCACUCAAGGGACGCGUGCCCCCUGGUGACACCCCGCCAGGCAAUGGCUCAGGCCCGCGGCACAUCAAUGACUCUCCGUUUGGGACUUUGCCCAGCUCCGCAGAGCCUCCACUGACUGCUCUGCGGCCUGGGGGUUCCGAGCCACCAGGACUGCCCACCACCGGUCCCCGCAGGAGGCCAGGUUGUUCCCGGAAGAAUCGCACCCGCAGCCACUGCCGUCUGGGCCAGGCGGGAAGUGGAGGCAGCGGGCCCGGGGAGGCAGAGGGUUCAGGUGCCCUGCCUGCUCUGGCCUGCAGCCUUGCUCCUCUGGGCCUUGCUCUGGUACUUUGGACAGUGCUCGGGCCCUGCUGACCAGCCACCAGCCACCAGGUGUGUGUACAUAUGGGGUCUCCCUCCAUGCCGCCAGCCAGAGCCAGGGACAGGUUCCGUGGGGCAGGCCAGGCCCUCCCUGACAGAUGCCUCCCCACCAACCCACCCCCAUCUCCACCCCAUCAUGUUUACAGGGUUCCGGGGGUGGCGUUUGUUCCAGAACGCCGCCUCCCACCCGGAUUGCGGUAUAUAGAGAUAUGAAUUUUAUUUUACUUGUGUAAAAUAUCGGAUGACGCGGAAUAAAGAGCUUUUUUCUUA